CGCGCAGGAGGCGCGAAAGGGCCGGCAAAGAAAAGCCAUCUCGCCGCUCCCGCACAACCUCCGGGAAGGCAGGCGGGACUGGCCCAGCGGAGGUUAAGAGUAAACAACUCGGAGGAGCGGUGGGCAAAUCCCGACGGAGCAGGCGGGACCAGCCCUACCGAGCAUCUUGGGGCUCCAAGGAGCAUCCCUCUAGCUGCGCUCCGCGUCCAAGGGUCCUCCCUUAAGCCGGCGCAGCUUUAGCCACCCCACAUCCUAAUUUGGGGGGCUUUGCAAUGGGGGGAGGGAGAGAGAACACGGGAGGCACGCGGAGAGGGAAAAGGAGACGCGGAGAGGGCCAGCCAAGAUUUGGCUUCACACUGCGGGAAGCCUGGGCUUUUCCUCCCCUUUGUGGCUGGGUGUGGACUGUAAAGAGGAGUCGGGCCUCGGCGCCUGAUGUUAGUCCACACCUAUUCAUCCAUGGACCGGCACGAUGGCGUCCCGAGCCACAGCUCCCGGCUCUCCCAGCUGGGCUCGGUGUCCCAAGGACCCUACUCGAGCGCCCCGCCGCUGUCCCACACCCCGUCGUCGGAUUUCCAGCCGCCCUACUUCCCGCCCCCCUACCAGCCGCUCCCCUACCACCAGAGCCAAGACCCCUACUCCCACGUCAACGACCCCUACUCUCUGAAUCCACUGCACCAGCCCCAGCAGCAUCCCUGGGGGCAACGGCAGCGACAAGAAGUGGGUUCGGAAGCCGGCUCUCUGCUGCCCCAGCCCCGGGCCGCCUUGCCCCAGCUCUCGGGCCUCGACCCCCGGAGGGACUACCACUCGGUCCGCCGGCCGGACGUGCUGCUGCACUCGGCGCACCACGGCCUGGAUGCGGGCAUGGGUGACAGCCUUUCGUUGCACGGCCUCGGCCAUCCCGGCAUGGAAGACGUCCAGUCAGUUGAAGAUGCCAGUAACAGCGGCAUGAAUCUAUUGGACCAAUCUGUCAUUAAAAAAGUUCCGGUUCCUCCCAAAUCUGUGACUUCUCUAAUGAUGAAUAAAGAUGGCUUCUUGGGAGGCAUGUCCGUCAACACCGGAGAGGUGUUUUGCUCGGUCCCGGGCCGCCUGUCUCUGCUCAGUUCAACUUCAAAGUACAAAGUAACUGUGGGAGAAGUUCAAAGACGACUCUCGCCCCCCGAAUGCCUCAAUGCGUCUCUCCUCGGUGGCGUCCUCAGAAGAGCCAAAUCGAAAAAUGGGGGGAGAUCUUUGCGAGAAAGGCUAGAAAAAAUCGGUUUGAAUUUACCCGCGGGCAGGCGCAAAGCAGCAAAUGUCACGUUACUCACCUCCCUGGUGGAAGGAGAAGCUGUUCACUUAGCUCGGGAUUUUGGGUACAUCUGUGAAACCGAAUUUCCCGCCAAAGCUGUUUCUGAGUAUUUGAACCGGCAGCACACAGACCCUAGUGACCUGCAUUCCCGAAAGAAUAUGCUGUUAGCUACCAAGCAACUUUGUAAAGAAUUUACAGAUCUGCUGGCGCAGGACCGGACACCAAUCGGGAACAGCCGGCCCAGCCCCAUCCUGGAGCCGGGGAUUCAGAGUUGCCUCACUCACUUCAGCCUCAUCACGCACGGCUUCGGCGCCCCGGCCAUUUGCGCCGCGCUCACGGCCCUGCAGAACUAUCUCACCGAGGCGCUCAAAGGCAUGGACAAGAUGUUCUUGAACAACACCACCACUAACAGGCACACGUCUGGGGAAGGCCCAGGUAGUAAAACUGGAGACAAGGAGGAGAAACACAGGAAAUGAAAAAAAUAAUAAUAAUUUUUUAAAGAAGGAAAAAAUGUUUUAAAUACAAAAGGAAAACAAAAAAAAUUAAUUUUAGCUUUAAAUAUUGGAUUGGCUUUGGAAGAAUUAUAUUAGGUAGAAUACACAUACAAUCAAAAAUUUAAAAAGAAAGCUAAAUAACUUAAAAAAAAACAACUGAGGCAUACAACGGAGCAACAAUAUCUGUUCUCAGUGUCUGUUUCAAGAUUCUCUUGGAGACAACCGUCCGGAUUUUUCACUUCGGUUCUUUCGAGUUUAGUAUUCUGAUAAUAAAAGAAAACCAUGGUUCCCCUCCCCGGCCCUCCCUUUUGGAAAAUAAACAUAAGACUAAAUAUGAGAAAACGCUAACUUAUUGCAAGAAAAUCAGAGGAACGUUGGUGUCACUGCUUUGACAGCUGGUUGACUGAAGGCGCACGAACUUUUCCAUAUUUUUUACUUUUUUUUUUUUUAAGGAGACUCUUGCUGUCCCGGCCCUCCACCUCACCUCACCACUUUCCCAGCCACCCUUGUCUGCAUUGCCUUCCCUUCCUCACUCGGUUUCGGGAAUUUUCCGGGAUGUAAAUGAGUGUGGUUAGCUCUUUGGCGUAGUUUAAAGCCUCUCCAAGGCCCCUUCUCUCCCCCUCCCCACCCAGCCCUGCAUCCCUAACGCCCCACCCUGCAGCAGCGGGUGCUCAGCUUCCAGGCCCUACGGGUAAAUAGGGACGGGGAGGGAGGGUUGGGCGGGAACUGGCGGGACUGCUGGCCUGGACGAGCAGAGAGGCUCCCGCGGCAGAGGAAAAUCUGGACCAUUAAGUUAAGACUCAUCAUCAGUUCUUUUCAGAAAUGUUACCAGUUCCCAGCCUGGCCAGCAUCUGCAUACUGAGAAUCUUACAUUUGUUAUAAUAUCUGUGCCAUCUACCAGUUUUGAGAACUGUAGUAAACACACACAUAUUAUGAAUACGUUGAUUAGUAUUGUAAUUUCUUCAGAGGGGUAUGUACUAUUUCAUUCUCUUCUGUUUUCCAAAGCUUUGCCAGCAUGGUUUAUGAGCUUCUUCAAAGAGGACUUGGGCUUCCUACACAAUCUAUAAGGUACAGAAAAAAAAAAAAUCCGAUCCCUUUUUCAUCAAAGCCUGUGUGUCAGAAUUCUGCAGGUGCACUUCUUUAAAGAAGCUCAAAGGGAAUAAUUUAGAAAGUGGCCAAUAUGAUGGAAGCAGCUUUGAAUCUACUUGCUAACAUACCUCAACGCCGCAAUUCCAGCAGGGGUGGGAGGUGGUAAAACGAAUUUUAAGGGAAAAGAAUAAGGGAUUUUGGAACCCCA